CCCAAAGUUCCCUCCCGGCGCCCGAGUGGCCCGCUCGGCCUUUCUCCAGCGCGGGCGAGGCGCCCCUUCCCACGACGCGCGGAUCGGCCCGGGCCGGACCCCCGGCGGCGAUGGCCAAGUCCUACGACCACCUCUUCAAGCUGCUGCUGAUCGGGGACAGCGGGGUGGGCAAGACCUGCCUGAUCAUCCGCUUCUCCGAGGACAGCUUCAGCGGCACCUACAUCAGCACCAUCGGGAUUGACUUCAAAAUCCGGACGGUGGAGGUGGAGGGCAAGCGGAUCAAGCUGCAAGUUUGGGACACGGCUGGCCAGGAGCGUUUCAAGACCAUCACCACUGCAUACUACCGAGGAGCGAUGGGAAUCAUCCUGGUCUAUGACAUCACAGACGAGAAAUCCUUUGAGAACAUCCAGAAUUGGAUGAAAAGCAUCAAAGAGAACGCCUCGGCCGGGGUGGAGCGUCUGCUGCUGGGGAACAAGUGCGACAUGGAGGUGAAGCGGAAGGUGUCCCGGGACCAAGCCGAGAAGCUGUCCAGAGAGCACGGGAUCAAGUUCUUUGAGACCAGCGCCAAGUCCAGCUUGAACGUGGAGGAGGCUUUCAAUACUUUGGCCCGUGACAUUCUUCUCAAAUCGGCCAAGAAAUCGGCUCAGCUCCCCAAGAGGCCUUUGGAAGUGAAAGCCUCACCCAAAAGCGGCUCAAAGUGCUCAGUGGUCUAGCCGGGGCCAGCCCGUUCAGAAAUACCCCGUAUUAUAUACAAUGCCCUUUCUCCUCUUUCACCCAUCGUUUUCUCACCCUCGGGACUCCGAGUUGCUUCGGGCUGGACUCUGGAAGGACUCGGAGACUGAUCCCCCUCUUUGUCGUCUUCUUCCGUUGGGGGCUUCCUGCCUUUUAAUUUUUGCGCUUGCAGAAAGGGAAGGAGAGGUUUGGGGGGGGGUCCCCAAGCAAAAAGGGAGACGUUUAAAAACUGGGGAGGGGUAUUAACUGGGGAAGUCAGCCCCAAAUCCCUGGAAUCAGCAGACAACUUUGCAGAGUUUCUCAACCUCGGCCAUUUUAAGAUGUCUGGACUUCCCCAGCAUGCUGGCUGGGGAAUUCUGGGAGUCGAAGUCCAGACAUGCUGGCUGGGGAAUUCUGGGAGUCGAAGUCCAAACAUGCUGGCUAGGGAAUUCUGGGAGCUGAAGUCGAGACAUCUUAAAGUUCCCAAGGUUGAGAAACACGGCUUUAGGGAAUCAAGGUUCACUUCUCUUUAACAGACAUAGGAAGGGCUCGGAUGAGACCCAGAUCUUCCUACAGGAGAGGGAGAAAAACUUUUAAGAAAAAUACUUCUGCCUGCUGGGAUUCUCCACACUUCGGGUGGGUGGAAGCCCGGAACGCAGCCCACAGAAUCCGGCACCUUGGGGGGAUCAAUUGCCUUUUAUAAAUC